AUGAUUUUCCGACACGCUAGAAAAUGGCUAAAUAAUUUUUUCAGUGAUAUAAAGCUGCCCAGAGUUCCCGAGUCUGUGUUGAAGAAGAGGAAGCAAACAGCUGCUGGCAGAUCAAAAGCUGUUAAAGCUGAUACAGCAAACAGAAAGAAACAAGCAGCAGCAAAGAAAAGGACUUUUUUCAAGCGAGCUGAGAAAUUUGUGAAAGAGUACAGAGCUAAAGAGCGAGAUGCUAUCAGACUUGCCCGGUUGGCUAAAAGGAAUGUGAAUGUAAACGUUCCUGCUGAGUCAGGGUUGGUCUUUGUCAUCAGAAUCAGAGGUGUCAUUGGCAUUCAUCAGCGACCACGCAAAGUUCUCCAGCUCUUCAAGUUGCGUCAGAUCAACACUGGAAUCUUCUUGAAAUUAAAUAAAGCCACACUCAGCAUGCUGAAAAUUGCAGAGCCAUAUCUCACAUGGGGGGUGCCCAGUCUAAAGACAGUCAGAGAAGUAAUUUACAAACGAGGCUAUGGCAAAGUUGACCGCAAGAAGGUUCCAUUGACUGACAAUUCUGUCAUAGAAAAGGAAUUAGGAGACAAAGAUAUCAUUUGUAUGGAAGAUCUCAUCCAUGAGAUCAUGACACUUGGUCCCAACUUCAAGUACGCCACCAAUUUCCUGAUGCCAUUUAAGAUGUCCCCUCCCCUGUGUGGCUGGCGGCGGAAGUACAGGCACUUCAAGGAUGGAGGUUCAUUUGGUGACAGAGGCACUGCAAUUGAUGCCUUGGUGAAACAGAUGAUCUAA